AUAUAUAUAUUCAGUGUGCAGCUUUAAAUCUGUUUAUGAACGUGUUCGAACCCUGCUGCCGGCAUGCUGAGCUUGAACGCAUCAUUCUUCAAUUGGAAAAUAUGUUUAGUAUAUUUCUUCCGGAGCUUUCAGCCACAUGUCACAUAUUAAUGGAGGAACAACAGCACACAUCAGCCCUGAUCCUCUGUGUGUCUGAUUGGACAAAUGACAUCUGCAGCACAGCAUAUGUGCUGGUCACGCAAUCACCUGGGUAAAGAACACCCCCGCCCCCCCCAUCAGCUAUCUGAUCCUCCAGUAAUGACGACUGCUUUACGAGAGUCUUUAAUUAUUGAGCAUAAUUCCGCAGUACAAGGUUGAGGUUUCUAUAAACCUACUUUUAGUUAUUUUUUUGUUUGUUUUAUGUUUCAGGACGUUAAUCGUAUAUAAAGUCAAUUACGAUAUCAAGUUUGAGUUUAAUUUAUAUUUAGAUGUGUGUGAUUACUUUGUCACUCCUCAGCUUCUCGACAGGUGUUCCUUUUUUUUUUAGUGUUCCUAAUUACCUUCAAAAUGAUUCGUGCAUGAAGCGGUUUUCGUGUUUUUAACAUUAUGAAGGUAAAAACCGUCCCAACGUCCCACUUUUAUGAGGACUUAUACAAAUUUACCAGCACGUAUGAUCUUCAAACUGUCAGUACUUUCUAUCAACAGACCCAUUAUCAUAAUCACAUUACAGCUGUAGCUGUUAAAUCACUUCAUAUUAAUACACAAUGCAUGAAUUAACUAUUAGAUUAUACUUUUAUUUUAAUCAUAUAUGCUCUGUGUUCUUUGGCCUGAUCUUCUAAGUACGUCUUCAUUCUUUUAACUUUAAGGCAACUCUUCUGGGAUCUCAAACCUACUUGACAACACGUAUGUUAUAGAAGGUUCUCUUUAUACGUGUAUGUUAUAGAAGGUUCUCUUUAUACGUGUAUGUUGCAGAACAUUCUCUUUAUACGCGUAUGUUACAGAAUGUUCUCUUUAUACGUGUAUGUUAUAGAACGUUCUCUUUAUACGUGUUAUAGAACGUUCUCUUUAUGUGUACGUUGGAGAACGUUCUCUUUAUACAUCCAUGUUGGAGAACGUUCUCUUUAUACAUCCAUGCCAGUGGGAUUAGAAAUUCUAUCAGAGCAAUACAAUAUCUUAAGGAAGCUUUAGGCUGUACAACAGUUUACCUCUGACAGACUGACAGCCGCUGCUCUGAGUCAAUAGGAUCCUGGUAGUUGGUCCUCUACCUGCAUGCGUCUAUUCAAACCUGUUGGACUUUGCUUUGUACACAGUAAGCAAGCACUAUCAAAUGUAUGUAAUGUUUUACCACACAUUUAUGGACUCAGCAUAUCAGAAGGCGUGUCCUUAAAGUGAUUGUCAGACCUCUGGAGUGGAAAGGCCUUCGCGUUUGAUAGUUUGCAUUUUGUGUGCAAGUGGAAAGUACAAACAAAGGCUGGCAUUUGGAUAAUACCACAGACAUGAUGGGGGUUGUGUGUGUGUGUGUGUGUGUGUGUGUGUGUGUGUGCCACAGAGGCAAUUAUGAGUUAUGAGUACUCUACACUGUUUAUGUCUAGCUUGGUCUGUCACUUCCUUUUUAACAACUGUAAACUAAAUUAAAUGUUCCUGCAGGCUUGAGCAUUUUAGCAGGUGCAGAAGGAGCUUGGCAAGCUGGAAUUUCCAGUGGGGCACAUCACAUGAGGUCGUGUUUCAAACGUUUUGCAGGUCGGCGAUGGUGUGUGUGUUGGCUCGUCUCCUAUUUGCUCUCAUCCUGACUGAGACGUCGGCCUCGCCGUCAGCUUCAGUAGAGACGGAGCAGGCCUCUCCGUGCUCACCUCGGUGGCUCCUGUUUGGGCAGAGAUGCUUUGCUUUCUACCCUGUUUGGAGCUCUUGGACCAACGCUGAUUUGAUGUGCUCUCAGAAAGGAGGUCACCUGGCAUCUCUUCACACACCAGAGGAGAGGCAGUUUGUCCGUCAGCUAGCAAACACACACCUUCCGGUGUGGCUGGGUGGACGUCAAGCACAACAGAUUGUGACUACAGCUGCGGGGAGUAGUCUCUAUGGAGUCAGGACCGUAAUUCAACCCAACAGAAUGAAUGGCUCUUGUUUCUGGAGCGACGACUCCCCCUUCAGGAUCAGCGGUUGGACCAAUCAGAGGCAGGGAAAGGCCGGAGAGGGCGGGACUUGCAUGGCAAUUAAACCAAAAAGUGGAGAGCUGGGCAGCGCCCCCUGUGGUGAUCUCAGGUUCUACGUCUGCUCCACUAGAGCCAGUUCAAACAAAUCCUCCGCCGACGGGGAACCAGUUGAGCCAGGCAUCGUGGCCGGUGGGAGUCUGUUUGAUGUUGUGUGGAGUUACAGCGACCCGCUGGCGGAGGAGAUCCUCCACUCGUCCUCCGUCCUCAGAGGUCUCCGGUCCGGUCGUCUCACACAGAGCUGCUACGACAGCUUCAUCCAGCAGGAGGCGCUCUACCUGCACAGAGUCAGCAGCACACUGCAGGUCCUGAUGAGCGGUUUACUGGAAGCAGACGACGUGACGUCACUGCUGCUGGACACACUCAAACAGUACAGCAGCAGCAACCAGAGCCUCCUGGCUUCUCCUCCCCCUCAAUGGCUCCAGUCCUCCCUCCAGUCCUUCCACUCGGUGGUCCUGGAGGAGCCGGUCUACUGGCUGGUGGCCCUGUCGGCCCGGGCCUGCCUCCGUGACUUCCUGUCCAGGGAGCUGCUCUCCUCCUCCUCCUCCUCCUCCGAGGAGCUCAGGGGGUCCGGGUCGGAGCUCAAAGCCAGCCUCCUCCUCCGGGAGUGGAGAGAAGACACUCGGACGGAGGUCACCUGGAUACGCAGGUACAGGACGCUGAUAGAGGAGCGGCAGCCUCACAUGGACGUGUUUCAAGCCGUCGACAUCUUCAGAGAACACAUGAUGAACCAGAAGAGCCUCUACAAGGCCGCAAACUGUGAUGAAGAGGAUAAAGCACGAUGAAGAGGAGGCGGCGGCUGCUGAUGAAGGAUGAAGGAAUUAUCUUCUACAAGUUCGUAGUUGCAGCACCUUAUUCCAAAAAUGUUGAAUUAAAAGCACUUGUUCCGAUGCCCCAUAGGCUAAAAUAAAACGUAUAGAUGUGUGUAUUAUUUGCUAUAUUUUUACUUCAGAAGAUGUUACUAUUCCUUUAACUUCACUAUUUUAAAUUAGACAUGUGAAUGUAUCUCAGCUCAAACAACGAUGUUGUAUUUCACAAUAAUCAGUGGCUCUUAGUAUUGUUAGCCGUUGUGAUCUAUCGUGUGAAACCGUUAUAAAUAAAGUUUUUGUUGAUAACUUC